CAGCUCUGACGGAAACAUCAAGUACUUCCAUGCUCUGGAGUGGACGUGGCCCACCGCACUUUAUAUCAACCACCCAUGCAGCGUUGCCUCACCCUGACCUUCGCCCGGCACAGCAGGCUUCUCUUGAGAAAUAAAUUUGCACCCAUCCACUGCCGGCAAUCAGCAGCCAUGUCAAGUCUCCUUAUCAACCAACCCAAAUACUCCUGGCUCAAAGAGCUGGGCCUGUCUGAGGACAACCCAGGUGUUUACAACGGGAGCUGGGGAGGGAGCGGGGAGGUCGUCACGUCAUACUGUCCCGCCAACAAUCAGCCAAUUGCCAGGGUAACCCAGGCAACCAUGGCGGAGUAUGAAGAAACUGUCCAGAAGGCUAGGGAGGCUUGGAAGAUGUGGGCAGAUAUUCCUGCACCCAAAAGAGGGGAGAUUGUGAGGCAGAUUGGAGAUGCACUUAGAAAGAAGAUUAAUGUUCUCGGGAGCCUGGUGUCUUUAGAAAUGGGCAAGAUCUAUGUUGAGGGAGUGGGAGAGGUUCAGGAGUAUGUUGAUGUCUGUGAUUACGCAGUUGGUCUGUCUAGAAUGAUUGGCGGGCCCAUGCUGCCUUCAGAGAGACCAGGCCAUGCCCUGAUCGAACAGUGGAACCCAGUUGGACUUGUUGGCAUCAUCACUGCCUUUAACUUCCCUGUGGCUGUCUACGGCUGGAACAAUGCCAUCGCUCUGACCUGCGGCAACGUCUGCCUCUGGAAGGGAGCUCCAACCACACCUCUCACAAGUGUUGCAGUUACCAGGAUCGUGGCCGAGGUGCUGGAGCAUAACAACCUGCCUGGUGCUAUCUGCUCCAUGACCUGUGGUGGCGCUGAUAUCGGCACAGCCAUGGCGAAGGAUGAGCGGGUGGAUCUGCUGUCAUUCACCGGCAGCACCCAUGUUGGCAAGAUGGUGGCUAUGAUGGUGCAGGAAAGAUUCGGUCGCAAGCUGCUGGAGCUCGGUGGAAACAACGCUAUCAUCGUAUUUGAGGAUGCUGACUUGAAUCUUGUGGUGCCCUCAGCUGUCUUUGCAUCUGUGGGAACCGCUGGCCAACGCUGCACUACAACCAGGAGGCUCAUGCUGCAUGACAGUGUUCAUGACACAGUGGUUGAGAGGGUCGCCAAGGCCUACAAACAAGUCCGCAUCGGAGACCCCUGGGAUCCCACUACCCUUUAUGGGCCUCUGCACACCAAACAAGCUGUGGAUCAGUAUCUGGCAGCCAUUGAGCAGGCCAAGAAGCAGGGUGGCACUGUGGUCUGCGGAGGAAAGGUGAUGGACCGUCCUGGAAACUACGUGGAGCCCACCAUCAUCACAGGGCUGGCUCACGAUGCGUCCAUUGUACACACCGAGACCUUUGUCCCCAUACUGUACGUGCUCAAGUUCAAGUCAGAAGAGGAGGCGUUUGCCUGGAACAACGAGGUCCAGCAGGGCUUGUCCAGCAGCAUCUUCACUAAAGAUAUGGGUCGGGUUUUCCGCUGGCUUGGGCCCAAAGGAUCCGACUGCGGCAUUGUGAAUGUCAACAUUCCUACAAGCGGAGCUGAGAUCGGAGGAGCCUUUGGUGGAGAGAAACACACAGGAGGUGGAAGAGAGUCUGGCAGCGACUCAUGGAAGCAGUACAUGAGGCGUUCAACCUGCACGAUAAACUACAGCAAAGAUCUUCCUCUGGCCCAGGGAAUCAAGUUUGAGUGAAGUCUUCAGGUGAUUUGUUAAAUAAGCAUUCAAUGAGCCCAAAAGGACAACACUGAAUGUUUUAGAGACAGUGUUGCCUAGCAAAUGCAAGACAUUUGUCUUUGCAUUUUUUGCAUCCAGAAAGGUCAGUCUGAUUUAUAACAAAAUUUGAAAUAAUUUUGGAGCAGUUUAAUUUUUCCUGUACCAAAUUUAUGUCUGAGGUUGUUGCAUCGGAUAUUAGCGUUGGUUUGAAAAAAGUUUGGUGUUAAAGGUCAGAUACUGUUUGCCCAAAUGUUGGUGUGCACUUUUCUACAAGCACUUAGAAAGUGAGUUUAAGUGUUAGAUGACUGUACCAGAUACUUUAUACUGUACAAAAAAUAAAUCUUAGCUUAUUUUGAAAGAAAAAACUGGAGUGGACAUUCAUGUCUAGAUUAAAUCAUCAUAGCGCAAAUGACAAUUCAAACAAGACUGCUUAAAAUCUUGUUAACAGCAUGUAGAGGUUAAAAGAAGGUAGCUUUUUAAAACACUGCCUGUUUGCAUCUCUCUGACAGCAUUAAUAUACUGUACUUUGCAUCUCAAGCACUGUGCUUUCAUGACAAUAAAUAAAAGGUUUCAUGUUCACA